GUUGUCGCGCCGCCAUAUUGGAUUCUUCCUUCCGGUUUUACUGAGUUUUGCGGCGCGUCACGUGGAAUUUCCCUGUCAGAAAUUAACCACAGCCAUGGAAAACGACACUGGCGAGUUCGUUGAUCUGUACUGCCCCAGGAAAUGCUCUGCGAGUAAUCGCAUCAUUCAUGCGAAAGAUCAUGCUUCUAUUCAGUUAUCGCUAGCAGAUGUAGAUCCACAGACUGGACGCAUGACGGAUACCUAUAAGAUGUAUGCCAUCUGUGGAGACAUUCGUAGGAUGGGUGAGUCCGACGAUUGCUUGGUUCGUCUCGCAAAGAAGGAUGAGAUCUUGACGAAGAACUAUUAAUUUAGAUCCUUUGUUUUCUAUCGUUAUUCCAUGAAUAAAUGACAAAAGGGAUGAAAGUCGUCUACAAUUAUUAAUUGACUGCAAUUUUAGCAGUAAGUGGUCGAUGCUUGAUGACAGAAGCGAUUCGAGUGACUUUUAUUAUACAUUUGGUACAUGUAGGAUAUAUGCUAUACGAACGAUAAAGCAUAUGUACACAUAUAAUACAUGAUGGGAACUGUCCAACUAUAA